CUGGAAAGCAGGGGGAUGGGCAGCGUUAGCAGCAGGAGUCUCCGGGUGCCGCACCCCGAGCCCCCAGCACCUGUCCCCGCCAGCCAGGCGUGUUGGGGCAGCGGCCGCGGCGGGUGCCCAGGUGUGCGCUCGGCCCCAGGAGUCUCGCGGACCUCCAGCGGCCGUCUCCGGAGGCUCGGUGACCACAGCGGCCCCGCCUUGAAAAGAUCCUUUGAGGUCGAGGAGGUCGAGACGCCCAACUCCACUCCCCCGCGGAGGGUGCAGACUCCCCUGCUCCGAGCCACCGUGGCCAGUUCCUCCCAGAAGUUCCAGGACCUGGGAGCGAAGAAUUCGGAGCCGCGGCAUGCGGACGCCCUGAGCCAGCGCUCCCCCAAGGCCGCGCUGCGGAGGAUCGAGCUCGCGGGGCCCAAGGCGGCCGAGCCCGUGUCGCGGCGCACGGAGCUCUCCAUCGACAUCUCGUCCAAGCAGGUGGAGGGCGCCGGCACCCCGGGGCCCUCCCGCUUCGGGCUCAAGCGGGCCGAGGCGCUGGGCCACAAGGCGCCGGAGCCCAGCCCUCGCCGGACGGAGAUCAGCAUCGCCAAGCCCCAGGAGCCUGGGCACCGCAGGAUGGAGACCCCCGCCGCCAAGGCCCCCGAGGUGCCCGCCGCCCCCGCCACCGAGGCAGCCCCCAAGAGGGUUGAGAUCCAGGUGCCCAAGCCAGCCGAGGCACCCGCCUCCCCCACGCCCACCCAGCCCCCGGAGAAUUCAGAGCCCACCCCAGGCUCUCAGCCGCAGAGCAGACUCGAGGCCAAGCCCCAGCCUUCCGCGCCCGAGGUCCUGCUCAGGAGCCAGGAGGCCACCGCGGCAGCGCCCGGCUCCACCGGCGACAUGGCCGACACCCCCAGAGACUCCGGACUCAAGCCAGCCCCCGCGCUGCGGGGUGACAAGGCCCCUGUGGACUUCGGCUACGUGGGGAUCGACUCCAUCCUGGAGCAGAUGCGGAGGAAAGCCAUGAAGCAGGGCUUCGAGUUCAACAUCAUGGUGGUCGGACAGAGCGGCCUGGGCAAGUCCACCCUCAUCAACACCCUCUUCAAGUCCAAGAUCAGCCGGAAGUCGGUGCAGCCCACGGCCGAGGAGCGCAUCCCCAAGACCAUCGAGAUCAAGUCCAUCACGCACGAUAUCGAGGAGAAGGGCGUCCGGAUGAAGCUCACGGUGAUCGACACGCCAGGGUUCGGGGACCACAUCAACAACGAGAACUGCUGGCAGCCCAUCAUGAAGUUCAUCAAUGACCAGUACGAAAAGUACCUGCAGGAAGAGAUCAACAUCAACCGCAAGAAGCGGAUCCCAGACACGCGUGUCCACUGCUGCCUCUACUUCAUCCCGGCCACCGGCCACUCUCUCAGGCCCCUGGAUAUCGAGUUCAUGAAGCGGCUGAGCAAGGUGGUCAACAUCGUCCCGGUCAUUGCCAAGGCCGACACACUGACCCUGGAGGAGAGGGUCUACUUCAAACAGCGGAUCACCGCGGACCUGCUGUCCAACGGCAUCGACGUGUACCCCCAGAAGGAGUUUGACGAGGACUCGGAGGACCGGCUGGUGAAUGAGAAGUUCCGGGAGAUGAUCCCGUUUGCCGUGGUGGGCAGUGACCACGAGUACCAGGUGAACGGGAGGCGCAUCCUCGGGAGGAAGACUCGGUGGGGCACCAUUGAAGUCGAAAACACCACACACUGUGAGUUCGCAUACCUGCGGGAUCUCCUCAUCAGGACACACAUGCAGAACAUCAAAGACAUCACCAGCAGCAUCCACUUCGAGGCCUACCGCGUGCGGCGCCUUAACCAGGGCGACAGCGCCAUGUCCAACGGCGUGGAGGAGAAGGAGCCGGAAGCUCAGGAGAUGUAGGCCCCGCCCGCCCCAGGACCCCACCCCCGACUUCCCUGCGCCCCCACCCAACCCCGGGCCUGCCCACUUGCCCCAUUUUAUUUUAUGUAAUUUUCUUCAUUUGUCGUCAUCCUCCGUCCCUUUUACACGCUGCCAAGUAACAGGAUAACGUGUAUCAUCUUGAGUGUGUUAAUUAUUAGCCCACUGGGGGGUGUGUGUGGUGGUGGGGGUCUCAGAUCCAAGGCCAGGUCUCCGGCCUCCUCUGAGGUCUGGGAGAGGCUGGACAGUGGCCAGAAGGAAGGGACAGGGAAGGACCCAGCCCAGGGAGCCAGACAAGCAAGCUUCUCCCUGUCCGUGCUGACCCUUCCGUCCAGGUGGCCGCGGGGAUGGGGAGCAGGCCCCCUUACUGUGGGGGUGCACCCGGGCCUCACCUCAACAGGCUGCCUGCCCCCCUCCAGCCCCCAAGGCCAUGGCCCCUGAAACCCCUUCCCAUCCCCGCACCCCCACUUGGCGCAGGCGUAACUCAGAGAGCACCCCACCCCACCCCACCCCAAGGGGCAAGAGCCAACUCCACAAGUCGCCGGGUGCCAGUUGCUUAGACGCGGGGAGGCCUGGGCCACCGCCGCCACCUGCCAGCCCGCCCUGAGCAGAAAGUGCCUUCACUCAGCCUUGCACGCGAGCCGCCAUCCCGGGGGGGACAGUGGGACCCGCUGGAGAAGGAGGCGUGUGCGGCUCUCCCCGUCAUGAGCCCCUCGUGUCACCUCCUCCGAUGGGACUGUAACUGCCUGAUUUGCUGGGAUUCAAGUGACGAUUAAAAGGAAGGAAAAGAUGCCCCUGCCCCCCGCUGAUUUUUUGGGAAGGUCCAAGCAGGUGUACCUGGUGGAGAAGCCAAGGAGGAAGGGGGCCGUGGGGGGGCCAAGCUGCUGGUCCCCGCCCUUCUGCGUGUUACUGGGAAGGCGUGUAGGCAUCUCUUCAGUCUUUGGCUUGAUCCAAGACGCUCCAGUUAAAUUAUCACCAGUUAAAACCCACUUUGGGGGGUGUUUGUGCACUCCCGGCAGCCCACCACUCACUUGGGUAAGCAGGGCGUGGUGUAGAAGUCCCUUUGGGCUGGAGACCUGGGCACCCACCCCUCUGGGCCCAGGCACUGCCUCGAACGGGCCUUGUCCCUCCUCCUCAGGGCCCGUCAUGAAGACCCCGCAGGGGCAGGGGCAGGGGGUGGGGACCACAGCCGGGCUGCAGAGCAAGCUCACCCCACCUGGCUGUGCCCCCUGCCCCUCACCCUCCGUCCCCCCUAGGGGACCAGGAGGGACUGUCCGUGCUGUGCCAGUGAGGUCAGGGUCACUCUCUUCCCGUCCUGACCGCCCCGGGGACAUGGAGAUAUCUGGCUCCGGCUGGUGGGGCAGGACGCCGGGGUGCACACUCUCGUUUGUGACGGCAGACCCCCGCUCGAGAGGGAAGCAGUGGAAGGAGAGGGGGCAGAGGCACCCCAGUGUGCAUGCUGGUGUGUGUGUGUGCGUGUGUGUGCAUAAAUGCCACCUGCGACGGGGUUUUCACUCCCUUCCUGCCCAAGAGAGCUAGGGCCCCUCAUCAGACUCCAGGGAAACAGUUUACUCGCUGACUUGCCAUAGUUUUGCCAAAGCCGCCAAGAUGUCGAAGGAAAUGUCCAUCUCCGGUGUCCGGGCCCAGGACCUGGGGCAGCCUUCCCUGCUGGGGGCUCCUUGCCAGCCUCGGGGUUGCUUGGGGGCCAGCAGCAGCCCAGCAAGGGGGGACUGAGCUUUCCUUCUUUGUACCAGAUUUUGAGAAGAUGUUCGUUUCAUUGCGAUCUAUUCCACAAUGGCCUUUUGCUAUGUGCCUCCUGAGAACUUAGUCUCUUUUUGUAUAAAUUACAAAGUGUUGAAAAUGUAUUUCCUGAAAUAAAUGGUUCAAAUGCAAACCCAGAA